AUGUUAAGUAUAUGUGUGUAUGGUGUUGCAGCUGAAGGUGGGCGGCGGCGGCGUGCGCUCGUGGCGCGCGGUGGGCGCGGCGCACGGCGGCGAGCUCUCCGUCUUCUGCUGGUGAUGGCGCCCGCCCUGACCGUCCCCGACCGGAGUGUCCCCAGGCGCGGCUCGCCCGAGCGGGCGCGGCGCUCCGGACAGACAUCCGUCGUCAUAUCAUUAAAGCGACUCGGCGGGUCUCCGCGUUUCGGACGUUUAGACGAUAGCUGGGUGUGCGAUAACGAGGCCAUCGAUAGUUACAUACGUUUAUUUACCGAGAGACGCGGCGUAGGAGCGGCGACUGAUUUUGGAGAUUUUUCACGAAAGCGGGUUCCUCCGACGCCGGGCGGCCGCGGACAGGCUCGCCCCGACUUGAUCUCGACUCGCGCCGCGGCUCGGGCGGCGGGCUCCCGGCGGGCUCCCGGCGGGCUCCCGGCGGGCUCCCGGCGGGCUCCCGGCGGGCUCCCGGCCGUCGAGUCGCGCGUGAUUCCU